CAUUGCUCACAUAGAUAAAUUAAAUUAACUCAUUUUUUAUCUCGAAGGCUGAUGCAUCUUUUCCAAGUGGAUCAAGGAUAACAGGAAUUCAUAGCAGGGAGUCUCUUGGAGAAAAUGGCACUGAAGGACCAGGAUCACGCCAGAUUGCUCGUGUAACACCAUUUUUAUCCACAAGUGGGAGUGGCACAUCAACUUCAAGAUCAGCUGGAGAGGCAGAGAGGUCUGUACCACCUUUUAAAAAGGAACUGGUUUUCAAAAGACCAAAGCAUUAUGAUGCUAAAGACAAAGAUGAUGAAAAUGACUUUCAAGUCACAGCAGAAUUUCCUGUUACAAAGAAGCGCAAACUGGAUAAUAAUUUUGUGUCCAAGAAUGGUAAAAAUCAUGUAGAAAAGAACAGCAAUCAUGACCAUGAAAAGAAACACUGUAGUAGGAAGAACAGUACCAACAGCAGUACUGGGCCAGUCAUAGAUCUAACAAGUACUGAAGAACAGAGUGAAAGUGUUGAUGAACAAUAUAGGUGGAAAAAUAGAGAAGAUGCAGAUAUUGGUGACUGCAGUGAUGUGGCAGAUUUACUCUUCAGCACAGACUUUCAGCCAAAGUCUUACGAUGCUUCAGAUGUUCCCCUUGAGAAUUCUGUAGAGGAGCCAAGUCAUUUGCCCUCAGAUGGAAAACCUUUCACAAAAUCUAUAGGCCCUAUGAAUGGAUUUACACCUUUACAGAGUGUCUCCCCAGGACACUGUCCACCACCUCAGAAUGGUCUCUCAGUAACAAACACUCUCUCAGCACCAGAGGAUGAUCUUCCAAUGAACAGUCCUCUCCCACAGUACUUCUCACAAAUGGGCAGUCCACCACCCCCAGAGUAUUUCUCAACAAUGGACAGUCCACCUUCACAAGAAAACCUCCACCCAAUGGACAGUCCACCACCCCCAGAGUAUUUCCUACCAAUGGAUAGUCCCCAACUCUCAGAGGAUGGUCCUUCAGUAAACAGUCCACCACCCACAGAGUAUUUCCCUAAAAUGCAAAGUCUACCUCCCCAAGAGGACUUCCCUCUAAUGGACAGUCCACCAGCCACAGAGUUCUUCCCACCAAGGGAUAGUCCCCAACUCCCAGAGGAUGGUUCUUCAGUAAACAGUCCACCACCUAAAGAGUAUUUCCCUGAAAUGCAAAGUCUACCUCCCCAAGAGGAUUUUCCUUUAAUGGACAGUCCGCCACCCCCAGAGGUCUUCCCACCAAAGGAUAGUCCCCCACCUUCAGAAGAUGUUCUCCCUGUAUGCAGUCCUCCUUCUCAAGAGGUCUGCCAAGCAGUAAACAGUCCACCACCCCCAGAGUAUUUUUCACCCCCACAAUCACCUAACAUACCAUCAGCAGCAGAGACUAAACUUGAGAAUGGGAUGCCUUGUGGGGAUAAGGAAAAUCAUUCUUAUGGAAGCAAUAAAAUUUCUCAUGUACUGCAGCAACCAGUUUCUCAACAAACACCAUUGAUAAAGGUCCAACUUCACUUGGAAGAAGUGCAUGGCAUGCAUUAUCAGACACUAGAAAAUAUAUGCUCCCUGUUAGAUAAAGCUGAUCCAGCCAUUGUCAGCAGCUUACCCAAAAGUAUUAAAGAGGCUCAGAACUUAAGGAAAAGGCUAAGAUCAAAAAUUUUACAGCUUGAGAACAUUUUGCAACAGGGAGGAGAAAGCAAAGACUGCACCUUCAAGAUUUGUUUAAGGCAAUCACCACACAGUAACAGUACUACCUUGUCUGAUACAUCCAUUAUACCAUGUGGAGAAAGUUUCUAUGAGGGAAGCAGGAGUAUAUCUUGUUCAUUGAGCUCAAGGUUGAAUAAAGAGAAGAACAUUCCAACAACCUUUAAAAAGUCAAGCAAACUAUCUUGUGAAAAUGAUUCUCUACCAGAGAGCAGAAAUGAUUACUCUGUGAAAACUCAAACUUCAGUCUCUAUGAGUUCUGCAAGUGUAAUAGAUGAUAUGAAAAAAGAUUCCUUACUGUUAACAGAACUGUUGGAUAGCAGUGAUGAUGAAUGGGCAAAUACUGGUAUUCGUGAUAAUAAUGGUCAGCAGAAGAUGUCUAUUAGUCCUGCCACUGCAACUCUGAAUUCAUCUGUCAGCAGAGCUCAUUCAGCAGCAUCUACACCCAAUACAUGUAGUCAACGACCAAUUCCUGUUCUAUCAACUAAAGGCAAACCAGGUGCCACUCAAAGCAACAAUUUGAACUCAAGCUUCAAUUCUCCAAAUAGGAUCAAUACAAUUCCCAACAAUGGCAAUGAUGUCGAGUUAAAACGAAGAGAUUUACCAUAUCACAGAGAAAUGUGGAAAAUAUUGAAAAAUGUUUAUAACAUUCGUUCAUUAAGAACAAAUCAGCUAGAAGCCAUUAAUGCUGCCAUGACGCAACAUGAUUGUUUUAUUCUGAUGCCAACUGGUGGGGGAAAAAGCUUGUGCUUCCAGCUGACUGCACUUAUGGGUGCUGGAGCAAGUUUUGUUAUUUCACCUCUCAGAUCCCUUAUUCAAGAUCAAGUACAAAGACUUCAGUCAAUGAAGCUGCCUGCCGUUCACUUGCUGGGUGAUGCAGGAAGUGCUUCAACUAGACACCUGAACUCUGUAUAUCAGGAUUUGUCUCUCAGAAAUCCAACUAUCAAGCUUGUGUAUGUUACCCCAGAGAAACUCUCAGCCAGUGAGAAACUUGAUUCUGUUAUGAAGAGUCUGUAUAAUCGUGGACUGCUCGAUAGGAUUGUGAUAGACGAGGCCCAUUGUGUGAGUCAGUGGGGACAUGAUUUUCGCCCAGACUACAAGAAGCUGUCAGUGUUAAGAAGCAAGUUCCCUAGAGUUCCCUUUAUGGCUCUCACUGCUACUGCUACACCACGCGUUCAAAAGGACAUAUUGCAUCAGCUGAAGAUGACAAAACCAAAAUGGUUUACCCAAACUUUCAAUCGUCCCAACUUACGUUUCAUCGUGAAACCGAAAAAGAAAGUCAUGGAAGAAAUACUGCAGUACAUAAAGACAAAGCAACCUGUCUCUUCUGGAAUUGUCUACUGUCUUUCCAGAAAUGACUGUGAGCGUGUGGCAGACUCUUUAAAUGAAGCUGGCAUCAAAGCAAUAGCGUAUCAUGCAGGACUUUCAGAUGACCAGAGAACACAGUGUCAGGAGGCUUGGAUCAAUAACAGAUACAAGGUGGUGUGUGCGACGAUUGCGUUUGGUAUGGGAAUUGACAAGGCUUCUGUGAGAUAUGUGAUUCACCAUUCAAUGCCUAAGUCACUUGAGGGUUACUAUCAAGAGUGUGGACGGGCAGGGCGAGAUGGUCAACUGGCUGAAUGUAUCUUGUUCUAUUUAUAUGGUGAUACCAACAGGAUAAAGAGGAUGAUCCAGAACAACAGCGACAGGACAGCUGACAGCAAACAGGUGGACAUGGACAAUCUUUUUCGUGUGGUGCAGUACUGUGAGAACGUCUCCGAGUGUAGGAGAGUUCAGUUGUUACAUUACUUUGGCGAAAUGAGUUUUGAGCCGUCCCAGUGUCGUGCUCGGCCAGAAAGCAUGUGUGACACCUGUGCUACUUCUGCAACGUUUGAGAAUAAGGAAAUUACGUCUGAUGCGAAGGCAUUUGUCGAAAAUGUCAACUCCAUUGUCCAUGGCGGAAACAGGAACUGGAGGAAACCUGUUAAGAACUUUACGUUAAACCAUUUUAUCGACAUAUUUAAGGGUUCAGGUGGUUCCCGUGUGACGUCUGAAGGUCACGACAGAUGUUCCCUGUAUGGUGUGGGAAAAUCCUACCAUAGAAAUGAUGCAGAAAGACUAGGCCACCUAUUGAUCUUACAACGUGUGCUUGCGGAACAUAUCAUGAUUGGUAACCAUGACAAUGUCCUCAGCUAUGUGAAGUUAGGACCCAAGGCUUUAGAUUUCCUUCAGGGUCGCGUAAAGCUACCUCCCUUGCCCGUUAGAGAAAAGGAGAAGACUGUCAGUAAAUCUAAACGGAAGGAAUUAAUGGAUCAAACGUCAGACAGUAACUACACCAGCUCUGAUUACACGACUGAUACAGGAGACACUUAUGAUGAGAGCGCCAACCACUCACAUUACUGGAAGCAGGAUGAGAAGGCUCCUGUAGGUCGGAAGAGGAAACGAAAACCGGCCGGCUCGACAGCAAGGUCCAACUCAACUUCAGGACCAAGCAAAGGUACCUUCUCCUCCGCACAGCAGGGAAAGAACAACUUGAAAAAGUUUCGCCGAAACAAUUCUGAAACAAGCUUUAAUCGUAAAGGGACUGAUCCCGGGAAUCAGAGGAGUGGCCUUGCUCUUAUGGCACCUCCUCAGCCAGCAAAGCGGUUUACAAGGUGACAUAAAACAGAUUGGUUGGAAAAGGAAUGUAUUCACGAGGUAUUUACACAAACCUCACUCGGGGCAGUGGCAGUUAUGCUACACAAAUGCGAUGCCAAUGAUUAAUUUGGACAUUAUUUUGUGUGGCGAGAUGUCCUGAAGACUUUGCACAAUGCACGCUACACCUGUUUAUAGGGUCAAUGGCAAUGUAACUUGGAAGUUCUUCGAUAGAUAGUUUCAUUUCUCUCAUUCUUCCAGAAUUAAAUGAAAAAGGCGUAUA